CACAACUAUGGCCGGGGGCGGAUCCCGCUGCGGGUGGGGGGCCGGGGGUAGGCAGCGGGUCGCGAGUGACGCGACGGAGGCCGGGGGCGGUGGGCUGCGAGGUGACGCGCGUGGAGACCGCACCGCCCCAGCCCACGUGUCCGCGAGAUUUAAAAGUUGGCGGCGUGCGGAGCCCCGCGAGCAGCGCGCCCGAGACACAGAGACACUGCCAGGCCCCCGCGUGGAGUGCUGGUCGGCGCAGCACAGACUCUGAGCCCCGAGCCUCCCGCCAGCGCCGAGAUGCCGAGAGCAGCCAACCGCCGCCCCGCACCGGCCCCCGGACAGGUGGCCGCCGCGUCCCGGCCCCUGCUGCUGCUGCUACUCGCCUGCUGCGCGGGCACCUGCCUAGGUGCUCCUGUAUUAUCUCAAGGAUUACAGCCUGACCAAGAACUACAGCUGUGGAAUGAGAUAGAUGACGCUUGUUCGGCCUUGCUGUCCCUUGAUUCUCAGCCUCAGGCAUCCAAUGCAUUGGAGGAGCUUUGCAUCACAAUUAUGGGGAUUCCACCAAAGCCCCAGGAAACAGAUGAAAAAGAUAAUACCAAAAGGUUCUUAUUUCAUUAUUCGAAGACACGGAAGUUGGGCAAUUCAAAUGUUGUGUCGUCUGUCGUGCAUCCCUUACUGCAGCUUGUGCCUCAACUGCAUGAGAGAAGAAUGAAGAGAUUCAGACUGGACGAAGAAUUCCAAAGUCCUAUUGCAAGCCAAGUUCGAAGACAGUUUUUGUUCCGGCCACGCAAUGGAAGAAGGUCAGAAGGUUACAUUUAAAAUGGAUACCAACCAUUUUCCACAGAAGCAGCCCCAGGGAAUGCAAAAUGUUGACAUUUUGUUUUCUUCUCAGAAACAAUUCUUGCUAAACUUACCAUGUUUGAGAAUCCCUGUGUUGUAAAC